UCUCUCUCUUUUAUUUCACUCUCUCUUGUUCCACCGUGUAAUCACACGCGGUCAUACGUGCUCUAUUGAUAUGAUGCGUGUACCAGGCAUAUAACACGAUGGUUAUAUGUCGUCUGUCAGUGCCAAAUAACCCUGCCAUCAUGAUGGAGUGACUACGCAUAUCCAGAACGUUUUUGAAAUUAUCAUUUUUAAUGUUUUCUUAUAUUAUCAGUUUCUCCUGACUAUUUCAGUACUUAAGAUUUUUUUGUAUAGUGAUUAUUGACAGUGUUAAUCCAUCAUUAACUAUUGUUUUAAGUUUUAACAGGAUGGUAAAUAAAAUUGAUCAUAAACAAAUCUGUAAUGAACAAAACUCUCAAUGCAAAAUGGAAUACAUUACGGAAGCAUCAUCAUGUCUUGCAGAAUUUAUGACUUGGAGCUGUUGAUUAUAAUUGCGUUAAAAAAUUUAUGCUCCAAACAAGAGUGAAGUGAUUUUUUAUGCUUUAAUCAAAGUGUUUAUCAAUGUCAUAGUUUUUAUUAUAAAUAAUAUGAGAAUUUUCAACAGUUACUUAUUUAAAAGUUUUUACAAAAUGAUCUUUUAAAUAUUAAUUUUAUUAUUUAUCGUUACAAAAUGAAGCCACCUGGAUCACAAGUUUUUUUAAGCAGCUGACUACUGGCCAGUUUGAUUUAUUGAAGAAAACUAGAAAUCAUAAAGAUGGAGAAGGAGGUGUUGAACCAUCGUUCUCCAAAUAUCAAUAGAGGCAGGAGUCAGUCUUUAAGUGGACCAUGUAAAGAACCUCUACUGCCUUCUAGCAAAAGAAACUCUUAUAGAAUGACGCCAACUGGGGGACGUUCACGUACCGUCUCCGAGACGAAUGCGACUGCCGUUUCAACACCACUCACAUCAGAAGAUUGUCAUGAAAUAACAAUUUUAGAUGAAAAUACUGAUGCUGGACGUUUACCGGAUGUUGUAGCUGAAAGCAGAUUUUGUGAUGACAGUCAAGAAAAUUAUGAAUCUUAUCUCGCAAUUACAGUUCAAGUUUUCAUACCUUUUCUCAUCGCUGGGCUGGGAAUGGUUGGAGCAGGUCUCGUUCUGGAUCUCGUUCAACAUUGGGAAGUCUUCGAGAAAGUAAAUGAACUUAUGAUCCUAGUACCUGCAUUAUUAGGAUUAAAAGGGAAUUUAGAAAUGACUCUUGCCUCAAGAUUAUCAACACAAGCAAAUCUUGGUAAUAUGGAUGCUCCUAAACAGCAGUGGUCGAUGAUUGUUGGCAAUUUAGUUUUAAUACAGUGUCAAGCAAUAGUCGUUGGUUUCUUAGGAUCAGUAGUAGCAAUAAUGAUGGGAGCAUUUAGAAAUGGUACAGUCUCGUUGGAUCAUACAUAUCUUCUAUGUGCUAGUAGUUUGGUAACAGCAUCUUUAGCUUCAUUUGUCCUGGGAUUGAUAACAGCUGGUGUAAUAGUCUUCUCUCGUCACUGUCAUAUUAACCCUGAUAAUGUAGCCACUCCAAUAGCUGCAAGUCUUGGAGAUAUAACAUCUCUUGCAUUGCUCUCUUGGAUUUCGACAAUACUUUAUGAGUCCAUUAACAAACAAGACUGGUUAGCACCUCUUGUAAUUGCAUGUUACAUACUUGUUACUCCUCUUUGGGUUUGGAUAGCUAAACGAAAUAAAUAUACCAAUGACGUUCUCUAUUCUGGAUGGACGCCUGUUAUGGUUGCGAUGCUUAUUAGCAGCUGUGGAGGUUUAAUUUUAGAGUUAAUGGUAUCUCGUUUUGAAAAUCUAACUGUGUUCCAGCCUGUAAUUAAUGGAGUGGGUGGUAAUUUAGUAGCCGUACAAGCAAGUAGAAUAUCAACUGCUCUCCAUAAACAAGCAGAGCUUGGUACUUUAUUGAUUCCACCUGGUUGUAGUCAUCCAGUAAUUUUCAUCACUCCAAUAGCUAAUUUCUUUGGUAAAGGACAUCAUGCAAGAACGACACGUGUUCUGAUGACAAUGGUAAUUCCCGGCCAUUUAAUUUUUAUCUAUAUGAUAAAGUAUAUGAAAGACGGUGAUACAGCGUUAACACCGCUCUUUGUGUUUGUUUAUCUGUGUGCGGCAAUGCUCCAAGUAGCAGCAUUGUUGUAUAUUGCCUAUAUUAUGAUACAUUGGAUGUGGAAGAGAAAAAUUGAUCCUGACAAUUCGGCUAUACCUUAUCUAACAGCGAUGGGUGAUCUUUUGGGUAUCAGUCUACUUGCCAUAGCUUUCCAAUUUUUAUAUCUCGUUGGAGAUCAAGACUACGAUGAUGCCAUAAAGCCUUAAAUGAUACAACUCCGAAUUGAUUUUUUUUUACUCCAAAUAAUAAGAAAACUGGUGAAUGAUAAUGAAAGAUGAGAUUAAAAGACUUUUAGGUCUUUUAAGAAAAUAGGUAAAUUCAAAUUGAGAUUAAGUUCAUGGUCAAUUGAUUCACGACAAUAGGAUUUGAUAAUGAAAUAGGUAAUUUAAUUCUAAUUCUAAUAUUGAAUAAAAUGAAACAUGGUACAGUUUGUAUUGGAUAUUGAUUAAUCAUAUUAUAAAAUAACAAAGUUCAAAAACUACAUUCGACUGAACGAACUAUCAAUAAAACUUCAAAUCUUGAAUGAGCUCGAAUCAGACCAUUAGAUAUAACAAAAAAAUUUUAAAUAAAUAGACGAAGCAUAUAGCUUUGAGUAGUUGCCUUUAUGAAUACAAAACUUAUGUAACAAAAAGGCCUUCUUGUUGUUUGUCUUUUGUCGAAGCUUAGAUUUGUGUGUGUUUUAGAAUGAAUAUUCUUAGUCAAUAAUAAUUAAUGUAUGUUUGAAUUGAUAAUUGAUUAAUUAUGAAAUCUUGCUCUUAUGGAUCUGAUUCGCAAAGGAACAAGAUACAAGAGGAGGAAUAUGCUUCUAGAAACAAGUGUCAAAUAAUCUUUAAAAAAUAGUUACGAUCGAAAGUAUCUGAAAGAUUAUUGUUUUACUUAUCAAAGUGAGGAAUAUGCAAAUAUUAUUUUUAACUAUUGAAUAAUUAAUUUUUAAAUGUUUAUUUGUAAUUUUUUUAUCAGACCGUCAACUACUUUUAUGAUAAUUAUAUUCAUUAGUUGUAUUGAUUAUUUUUUUAAAAUACUCAUAUUGAUUUAAUAGCAAUGAAAAUGUUCGGUUACUUUCGACCAUAUCAUUUAUUUUAUUGUUACUAUAAUAUUUAAUUAAUUAAUCAAAAAAUUGUUAAUACCGUGAGGUAUACGAGUAAUGCAGGGACGGCACUCAGGCAGUCUAGUAUUAUUAAAGAUGUUCAUUUGCUUCAUUUCCAAAGCAUGCGAUGAAAUAAUUAAUAUAUUCUUCUAUCAUACGACGAAUCUCGAAACAGAAAAUUCCGAGUUCGAAAGAAUAAAUCGUGUAGAUAUUAUUUUAAGAUUGCAAAUUUGUUAUAAAUACAAUGUAAAUAUUAUAAAUAUAUAAGUCUUAGUAAGCUAGACUUCUUAGAGGACUAAUAUUUAGUCCUUGAGAAUGCGGAAAAGAUUAUUGAAGUUGGUGUAUGAGUCCCCGGUGUUAAUGAAUGAUAAAUAAAUGAACCUACAGUAUUAUUGUGUGGUUUUGCUUUAUAAAAUUUUAUGUGCAAGAUAGUCAUACAUUUUUUGAUAAAUUAAAAAAAAUAUAAUAAAUGAAAUAAUGGAAUAUACAUUGAAAUCAAAAUAUUUUAAUAGGUAAAAACAUUAAAUAAAUAAAUAAUAUUAUUAUAUAAAAUGCAAAUAAAUUAACCAACUAAACCUUUUAUUUCUAUCUUAAUUAUUUCACUUAGAUGUGAAACAUUGCUGUAAUUAAUAUUGCCGGGCGCUCGUUUGAAAUGUGCGAUCUACAAAGUUAUUAUUUUUCGAUAGAUCAAUUGUUAAAUACUUUUGAUAAAUGUAAAAAUAGUUGUAAAGCUGUACAGAAUAAAUAAAUAAUUAAUUUUAUUCUCUG